AUGCUUGCCAUGAUCGAGAGUCUGAUCAGCGUUUUAGUCAUCGUCACCCUGCUGACCGUGACGAUGUUGGCUAUCUAUCUGCGAGGACUACCCCUCCGCUCUAUUGGUCUGGCUUGGCAGAGCUUAUGUGGCAGGUUUGAUGGUGGUAGCGCAACCGGUGAGACUAGCGCUGGACAAGCGUUGGUCACAUCGCUGGCCAGUUCGGUUGGGCUGGGCAACAUUAUCGGCGUUGUGGUCGCGCUGGCCGUCGGCGGCCCGGGUGCCAUUGUCUGGAUGGUUGUUUGCUCUGUGCUACUUAGCCAGGUGAAGUUUCUCGAGUGUGCAGCCGGCGCUACGUUUCGGCGCGUUGAAGUAGACCAUAGCGUUUCGGCAGGUCCGAUGAUCUAUCUACCAGUAGGACUGUCCGGGUUAGGCCGUGCGAAGUUGGGCAAACGCCUCGGCACCGUUUAUGCCGUGCUCGCAUUGCCAUCGAUUCUUCAAUGGUUCCAAGUCAACCAGGCCCACCAGGCAAUCAAUGCCGCCGGCUUUGCGAUUGAUCCUCUAGCCUUCGGGCUUAUUUUCGCGCUGCUGACGGGCAUCGUCAUUGCUUUCGAGCUGCGCAGCGUAAUCCGUACCUGUCAACUGAUCACGCCAUUGAUGAUCGUCGGCUACCUCAUGCUGCUCGGCUGCAUGCUAGUCACGUUCAGCACGCAACUCAUCGGCGCUAUGCAACUGAUUCUAUCCGAUGCCCUUGCACCAACCAGUAUGGCUGGAGGACUGACCGGGGCGAUUGUUUUGAGUUUCCGUCGGUCCCUGUAUUCCAGUGAGGCCGGUCUGGGCUCUGCCAGUGCAAUCCAUGGACGCGUACGAACCAAACAACCUACUAGUCAAGGGCUUGUCGCUCAAUUGGAGCCGAUCAUUGAUGUUGGACUGGCGGCGCUGGCAGCACUUGCCAUUGUCGCCAGCGGCGUGACGCUCCAGGCCGACCAUGCCGCCAGCUCAAUGAGCCAGGCGGUAACCCUGACGUCACCAUCGUAUGGCCCGUUGGCGCUGGCGAUCAUUGUCGUGUUCUUCGCCUACUCCACAGUGAUCGGAUACAGCAUCUAUUGCCAGCAGGUGCCCUGCUUUCCCUUGGUCAAACCCUGGUGGUCAUGGAUCUGA